AAACUUCAAAAGUUCAUUCUAGCCAAUUAGACUUUAUCAUUCAAGGAAUAUACACAGAUUACUUUUGGAGCUCAUUUCCGCGGAUAUAAAGUGAAGUGAGAUUAAUAAAUACACGCUAACCAACUAGCGCCAAUCUAAUCUAAUCUUAUCUCAACCCCGCAAACGCAAAAAAAUAAUUUCAAGCUUCAACACAGCACCAUCCACAACUCAAAGCUUUUAUCUAUCCCUCCAAUCCACCAAACACCCAUCGCAUACGAGAACCAUCAACCGUCACAUCGCGCACAGCGCAACCGUCAAAAAAUGAAACUCCUAACCCUCAAUUUCCUCACCUGCGCCGUCAAAGCCUGCAAAUCAACGAGCGCGAGUUUUCCCCUCCACCCCAAAGAAUGUUCACUCGUUAGUAACGAUAUCCCUUUAAAUACCGCUUUACUGUUAAAUAUCCUGCCGCGGAUCGAUUGGAGAGCUUUGUGUAUUAUUGCUUCUGAGGUAUAUAUUUUUACUCCGUUUUCUUGACGUCGUCUCUCAAGACUCCUCUUCAAGAGACAAUUGUAAAUAGAGAAUACUAAUAAUGAUAAUGAUACAGCUUUCUUUCCCCGAGCUGCCCCCCACACCACCUACGCCUGAAGCGCUCCAGGAAGAUGAAAAAAUGAUGAAGGAAUUACAUACGCUUCUCAUGGAAACGGAAAUCGAUGAGGGGAGUUUGGUUUGUGCGAAUUGUGGUCAUGAGUAUAGGGUUAAGGAGGGGAUUGGGAAUUUUUUGUUGCCGGGUCAUUUGGUUUAGAUUGGUGGGUGCUGGAUGGAUGAAUGAAUAUGGGGAUUGAUGCAAUUGUUGGCUUGCUUUGGGAUUAGGAUGGGAUGGAUGAGAGGAAAGAGGUGUUGAGGGGGAGAAAAGUGGCUUAUUAAAGGCUUGCGACUUUACUACGAUUAUAGGAAGAAGAGUAUAAAUGCUGGGUUCGCUGGGCGGAUAGUGAUGCACUAUAGAGUCCGGGACAGGAAAUAGAAUGAUACCCAAGGAUUCAACAUUGUCAUAUAUCCUGUUCUUUCUCCGCAUGAAUUUCGUUCUCCAUGCACUCUCUCGAAAUCCCCAGCAAUAUUCAACUAGAAGCACAGCAUAUUCAAUUCUUGUCGUCUGCUGCUACCAAUACCGAAGUCUCACCAAAAUACUCCCCAUUUCACAAACUCAAUAUAUCUUCAAAUGCAUCCCUGAUCGGUUUUACCAUCAUACAAAAUAUCACCAUAUAAUAUAUAGCCACAUCCAACUCGAUCCAGCAAUCCAAAAAAGAAACCUUAACUCACUUGUCAAUGCAGAGUACGAAAGAUUUAAAUCUCAUGAUUAUCCUUCCGAAGGCACUCUAGGCCAGUCUUGAGAUUAUAAACAAUCUUAUAUCACACUACUGCUUCGUUAAUAAUAAUGAUAUUGAUAUUAGUUCU